CCUCCUUUUUAGUCUAAUGACAUAAAAAUAAGGAAAACUAGACACAAGCAAACAAAACAUGGAGCAAAGUAGCAAAUAAGAAGCAACACCAACCCUUUUCUCCUCUCCCAUCUCAAACCCUUCUCUCUCUCUCCCUCUCUCUCUCUGAUCUGUUUCUCCAGGCAGGUCUGGUUUUCUCCAGAGGAGAAACUGAGAAAGAUCUCUCCUUUAGUAUGGAGUACACAUCAAGGCCUCAGGAACAAAUCAGAGAUCACCACCACCACCAUCAUCAGAAGCCGCCUCCUUCCUAUUCUCCUCUAAACUCCCCCACCAGCAAUGGCAGCAGCAAUAACAAUAACAACAACAACAACCACAAUAAUUCCGGAGUUCAAACUCCGACGACCCCCAAGCUCAUGACCCCCAGAUCUGACUCCAACCCUUACGCCACCACCUUCGUCCAGGCUGACUCCUCCAACUUCAAACACGUCGUCCAAAUGCUCACCGGCUCAUCCGAGACCACAACCAAGCAGCAAACCAACAAAGACCCCUCAUCCUUAUCCUCAUCACCGCUCUCGUCGUCCAAGAACUUCACCAUCCCGCCGGUGAAGACCGCCCCGAAGAAGCAGCAGGGCUUCAAGCUCUACGAGAGGAGGAGCCAGAACCUCAAGAACAGCCUCAUGAUCAAUACCCUGAUGCCCAAUUUCGCCCACCACCGCACCUCCUCUGGGUUCUCGCCACGUCACCCGGCAGAGAUCUUAUCUCCGAGUCUGCUUGAUUUUCCGUCGCUGACUCUCAGUCCGGUGACCCCAUUGAACGACGAACAUUUCGACAAGUCGUCGUCGUCGCCGAUGGGGAACUCGUCGUCGGAGGAGGAUCGGGCUAUAGCCGAGAAGGGGUUUUACUUGCACCCUUCUCCGAGAACGAGCAGCAGCACUCCCAGAGAGCCCGAGCCCCGGCUUCUGCCAUUGUUUCCGGUCACUUCGCCGAGAGUUUCGGGGUCGACGACGUCUACUUCUUGAUCCAAUCCAAGAGACAGAGAGAGGUGUAAACUUAUUGAGUGUUCAAUUAUCAGGGAAAAAGAGUAAUUGGGUUUUGGAAAUGGUUUUCAGUUCUCAAACAGGUACUGAUCUUUUUUGUUUCAGUUGUACAAUUUUCAUAUCGAUCUCUUCCAUAAAAUGGUGAAAAGAGCAGGCCUUCGUUCUUGUUUUUCUUCUUCUCCUCUAUAGCUCCAAAAGGAAACUUGACAAUCAAAUUUCCAGCUUCAGUUACUGCUUUUCACUUUUGUACUGUGAUCAGGUGUUCCCUCCCUCACUUCUAGGUAGAAUCUGCAGGGCUGUGAAAUUGGGAAUAUGAAUUUUUCAUUUUUACCAACUUGCAUUAGUUUAACAUUUCUAUGCCAAAACAAAAAUGCCAUGUUUUCUUCAACUUGGGUUUGGGUUUGUGUGGUGGGAGAGGACUUUCCAGAAGAUGAGGGUGGAGAAUCAGCAAUGAGAAACCUUUUGCUUCAAGUUUUUACUGGUAAUAAACCAAUUGCUUAAGAACAUAUAUUCUUGUAUAUAUAUUUACUCGAAUUUGAGAGAGGAAUUCAA